ACUUCACCUCUCGAAACGCCUCCCCCCGCCGAUCUCACCCCCGGCCCCUCUCUACCGGUCUUACCCUAAACCGAAAACUUCCCUUCGUGUCCCGCCGCUCGGUUAUAGCUACAACGACGGGAUCGCAACGUCGGAGCAAGGUAACCCUAGUUUUAUCCACCCCACGCAUUCUACUUCCAUGCCGGCAGCGGUGAUGGAGGCCGAGGAUGGCCUCAAGAAGCUCGAGUACCUCUCCCUUGUUUCCAAGGUGUGCACCGAGCUUGAAAGCCAUGUCGGUUGCGGUGAUAAAGUUCUCGCGGAGUUCAUCACCGAACUUGGCCGGAAAGCCGAGUCCGUUGAGGAAUUUGACGCCAAGCUCAAGGAAAACGGAGCCGAGAUGCCUGACUACUUCGUUCGCACUCUCCUCACCAUCAUACAUGCAAUCUUACCUCCCAAAUCCAAAUCCAAGACAUCUGAUCCCUCUUCGAAGAAGGAACCUGCCGCCUUUCCGGGGCUUUCUCGCGUCGAUGAUCGGGAGCGCAUCAAGGAGCUCGAGCGUGAAAUCGAGAAGGAGGCUCAGGUUAAAGCGGAGGAGGAAAGCAGGUACCACGACCGUGACAGGGAUCGUGAUAGAAAUCGCAGUCGCCAUCGCGAUCGUGAGUAUGAUAGAGAUCGUAGAGGCCAUCGCGACCGUGAUCGGGAUCACAGGUACGACCGAGACAGAGAUAGAGGUAGGAGUAAUAGAAGAGAUGAUUACGGCAACCAUAGAUCUUAUAGUGAUGACGACGAAGGUGAUGAUGGUAUUAGGCAUGGGAGAACCCGUUCUAGUAGAAGGAUUUCGGAUGAACCGGAGCUUUAUGAGGUUUACAAGGGGAAGGUAUUGCGUCUGAUGGACAAUGGUUGCUUUGUUGAACUUUCUGAUUUCAGAGGGAAGGAAGGGCUUGUUCAUGUUUCACAGAUUGCAAAUAGAAGAGUAACCAAUGCAAAGGACGAGGUGAAGCGUGGUCAGGAUGUAUAUGUGAAAGUGAUCUCUGUUUCUGGGAAAAAGCUAAGUCUAUCCAUGAGGGAUGUGGAUCAAAAAACCGGGAAGGAUCUACUUCCACUAAGGAAAAGUACAGAGGAUGAAGCUUUAAGGACCAACCCCUCUAGUGGGAACAGCGGUCCAGUUGCAAGGAAAGGCCUCUCGGGGAUUACCAUUUUUGAGGAUGAUAAUAAUGCAUCGUCCAGGAGGCCUUUGAAGAGGAUGAGCUCGCCUGAGAAGUGGGAAGCGAAGCAGCUAAUUGCAGCUGGUGUUCUGGAUGUUCGUGAAUAUCCAAUGUUUGAUGAAGAGGGGGAUGGAUUGCUGUAUCAGGAAGAGGGUGCUGAAGAAGAACUUGAGAUUGAACUCAAUGAGGAUGAACCUGCGUUUUUGCAAGGCCAGAGUCGGUUUUCCAUUGACAUGUCUCCUGUAAAGAUCUUCAAAAAUCCAGAAGGCUCUUUAAGUAGGGCUGCAGCUCUCCAGUCUGCUCUCAUCAAGGAGAGGAGAGAAGUUCGUGAGCAGCAACAGAGAACCAUGCUUGAUUCCAUUCCAAAGGAUCUUAAUCGACCAUGGGAAGAUCCAAUGCCAGAGACAGGUGAGAGGCACCUAGCACAGGAGCUGAGAGGUGUAGGAUUGUCAGCUUAUGACAUGCCAGAAUGGGAGAAAGAUGCAUAUGGGAAAGAUUUGACAUUUGGCCAAAGAUCAAAACUUUCAAUACAAGAGCAUAGGCAGAGUCUUCCAAUCUACAAAUUGAAGAAGGAGCUGAUUCAGGCCGUGUAUGAUAAUCAGGUAUUGGUUGUCAUUGGUGAAACUGGCUCUGGGAAGACGACACAGGUGACUCAAUACUUAGCCGAGGCAGGUUAUACCACGAAAGGGAAAAUUGGAUGCACACAGCCCCGUAGGGUGGCAGCAACUUCAGUUGCAAAAAGGGUGGCAGAGGAGUUUGGUUGUCGGUUGGGUGAGGAAGUCGGCUAUGCUAUUAGGUUUGAAGACUGUACAGGUCCAGAAACUGUGAUAAAGUAUAUGAUAGAUGGUAUGCUUCUGAGGGAGAUUUUGGUUGAUGACAACCUUUCCCAGUAUUCUGUUAUCAUGCUUGAUGAAGCUCAUGAGAGGACAAUCCACACAGAUGUGCUCUUUGGUUUACUAAAACAACUUGUGAAACGGAGGCCUGAACUUCGGUUGAUUGUCACCUCCGCCACAUUGGAUGCAGAGAAGUUCUCCGGGUAUUUCUUUAACUGCAAUAUCUUCACAAUUCCUGGUAGAACAUUUCCUGUUGAGAUACUCUACACGAAGCAGCCAGAAAGUGAUUAUCUAGAUGCAGCACUGAUCACAGUUCUGCAGAUUCACUUAACAGAACCUGAAGGAGACAUUCUUCUUUUCUUGACUGGUCAGGAAGAGAUUGAUCAUGCUUGUCAGUCUCUUUAUGAGAGAAUGAAGGGCCUGGAUAAGAAUGUGCCUGAACUGAUUAUCUUGCCUGUAUACAGUGCUCUUCCAAGUGAAAUGCAAUCGAGAAUUUUUGAGCCGGCUCCUCCCGGUAAGAGAAAAGUUGUUGUAGCUACUAAUAUUGCAGAGGCUUCUUUGACAAUUGAUGGAAUAUUUUAUGUAAUUGACCCUGGGUUUGCUAAGCAAAAUGUGUAUAACCCUAAACAGGGUCUUGAUUCUCUGGUCAUCACUCCUAUAUCUCAAGCAUCAGCUAAGCAAAGGGCUGGCAGGGCGGGCCGUACUGGUCCAGGAAAAUGUUAUCGUCUUUAUACCGAGAGUGCCUAUCGCAAUGAAAUGUCACCUACCACAAUUCCAGAAAUUCAGAGGAUUAAUCUUGGGACAACAACUUUGAAUAUGAAGGCUAUGGGGAUUAAUGAUCUCUUGUCUUUUGAUUUUAUGGAUCCUCCAUCACCUCAGGCCCUUAUAUCUGCAAUGGAACAACUGUAUAGUCUAGGAGCUUUAGAUGAAGAGGGACUUUUGACUAAAUUAGGGAGAAAAAUGGCAGAUUUCCCAUUGGAUCCUCCAUUAUCGAAGAUGUUGCUUGCCAGUGUGGACCUUGGAUGCAGCGAUGAAAUCUUGACCAUCAUUGCAAUGAUUCAAACUGGCAAUAUUUUCUAUAGGCCAAGGGAGAAGCAAGCCCAGGCAGAUCAGAAGCGGGCCAAGUUUUUCCAACCAGAAGGUGACCACUUGACUUUGCUUGCUGUUUAUGAGGCGUGGAAAGCUAAGAACUUUUCUGGCCCUUGGUGUUUUGAAAACUUCGUACAGUCGCGUUCUCUUAGGAGAGCUCAAGAUGUCAGGAAGCAACUUCUCACUAUUAUGGAUAGGUAUAAACUGGAUGUUUUGAGUGCCGGUAAAAACUUCACAAAGAUAAGGAAGGCCAUUACUGCAGGAUUCUUUUUUCACGCUGCAAGAAAAGAUCCUCAAGAGGGUUAUAGAACCCUAGUGGAGAAUCAACCAGUCUACAUCCAUCCCAGCAGUGCUCUAUUCCAAAGGCAACCAGAUUGGGUAAUUUACCAUGAACUGGUCAUGACUACAAAGGAGUACAUGCGCGAAGUUACCGUAGUCGAUCCCAAAUGGCUCGUAGAACUCGCACCGAGGUUUUAUAAAUCCGCAGAUCCAACGAAGAUGAGUAAGCGAAAACGUCAAGAGCGAAUUGAGCCACUCUAUGACAGAUACCAUGAGCCUAAUUCAUGGCGCUUGAGCAAACGGAGAGCUUGAUUAUCUUCUCAACGUUUGUUCAGUAUUAUUCACCGUGAUUGCUGAAUUUCACUGAUGUUUAUGUAAAUUUGUUUUUUUUUUCUGGAGUAAGGUUGUUCUUGCAAGUUUGCAGGACUGUUCUGUAGGUAAGGUUUUUUAUGGGCUUAAUACAUGUAAUCCUGUCGUGAGGGCUAGUUCAUUAUGUACACAGAUGAUGAACUAUUAAUCAAGCCGUAGUUUUCUUAGCUGUACUCUGUAU